UCGUGAGGACGCCGAGUUAGCUCUCCAGAACAUCUCAAACACUCGAAUGGAUGAUCGUGUGAUUCGUGCCGAUUGGGAUGCUGGCUUUGUUGAAGGACGUCAGUAUGGAAGAGGAAAACACGGUGGACAAGUUCGUGACGAAUACCGAAAAGACUAUGAUCCAGAGAGAGGAGGAUACAAUCGUGCUAUCGCUCAAAAGAGCGAGCGUUAG